GUAGAUGGGGUUGCUCCAAGGGCUAAGAUGAAUCAGCAGCGGUCUAGACGUUUUAGAUCUGCAAAAGAUGCAGCCGAUGCUGCUGUUGAAGAGGAAAGGCUGAGACAAGAAUUUGAACAAGAGGGAAGGAUUCUUCCUCCUAAAAAGACAUCUCAAGUGUGUGACUCUAAUGUGAUCACACCUGGUACAGAAUUCAUGGCAGUUUUAUCAAUAGCUUUACAAUAUUACAUACAUUUGCGUUUGAACUAUGAUCCCGGAUGGAGAAAUAUAAAGGUUAUCUUGUCGGAUGCAAAUGUUCCUGGUGAAGGAGAGCAUAAGGUUAUGUCGUACAUACGUCUCCAAAGAAAUCUUCCUGGUUAUGACCCAAAUACACGCCACUGCCUCUAUGGUUUGGAUGCUGAUUUGAUUAUGCUGGCAUUGGCCACACAUGAAGUGCAUUUUUCCAUUCUGAGAGAGGUUGUGUUCACCCCUGGACAACAAGAUAAAUGUUUUCUAUGUGGUCAAGUGGGUCAUUUGGCUGCAGAUUGCCAAGGAAAGGUGAAGAGAAAAUCCGGAGAGUUUGAUGAGAAGGGUGAAGGUGUUGUAUUUGAGAAAAAGCCUUUUCAAUUCCUUAACAUUUGGACAUUGCGGGAGUAUUUGGAAUAUGAAAUGAGGAUUCCUAAUCCUCCUUUUGAGAUUGACUUUGAAUGCAUUGUGGAUGACUUUAUCUUUAUGUGUUUCUUUGUCGGCAAUGAUUUCCUUCCACAUAUGCCAACUUUGGAAAUUCGUGAGGGCGCAAUCAAUUUGCUGUUGGCUGUAUAUAAGAAGGAGUUUAGGUUUAUGGGUGGGUAUUUGGCCAACUCCAGCAAGGCAAAUUUGAAAAGAGUUGAGCACUUUAUUCAGGCUGUGGGAUCCUAUGAAGAUAAUAUAUUCCAAAAAAGAGCUCGGCUGCAUCAGCGUCAGGUAGAACGGAUUAAACGGGAUAAGGCUCAGGCAAGGCGUGGUGAUGAUGCAGAGCCAUCUGUUAGACCAGACACUUUAGUUCCUGUUGCUCCUUAUAAUCGUUCACGUCUUGCUUCUGCUCCUUCCCCUUCCCCAUAUAAAAAACGUGGAUCUAGUUAUCAGUCAUCAGUUACAGUUUUUUCCAAAAAGGAGCAUCAAUUGGGACAGUCCAUGUCAGUAAAAGAUGGUAGAAAGGAAGUAUCAGUUCAGGCCAAAAAAGUUGCACGUGUUUCUGAACAAGGGGCAAGUGUUGCUGCUGCUAUUGUGGAGGCUGAGAACCAUCUUGAAACUGUGAUCCGUGAAAACUCAGAUGACUUGAAAGCGAAGCUCAAGGAUUCGCUUAAGGAGAAAUCAGAUCUUGUUAAUUCUGAUAACCCUGAGGAAGACAAGGUCAAGUUAGGAGAGCCAGGAUGGAAAGAGAGGUACUAUGAAGAAAAAUUCUCUGCAAACACUCCUGAGGAGCUUGAAAGGAUUCGAAAAGAUGUUGUUCUGAGGUACAUAGAAGGUCUAUGUUGGGUUCUUCACUAUUACUAUGAAGGAGUAUGCUCCUGGACAUGGUUCUAUCCAUAUCAUUAUGCACCAUUUGCUUCUGACAUCAAGGGGUUAGAUAAGCUUGAUAUAAGCUUUACACUUGGCUCUCCUUUCAAGCCUUUUAGUCAGCUCAUGGGGGUUUUUCCAGCCGCAAGUUCGCAUGCGCUCCCGGGGCAUUACAGGACUCUGAUGAUGGAUCCAAACUCACCAAUAAUUGAUUUCUAUCCUACUGAUUUUGAAGUGGACAUGAAUGGCAAACGAUUUGCCUGGCAGGGGGUCGCAAAAUUACCUUUUAUUGAUGAAGGGCGCCUUCUUGCUGAGAUUAGUAAAGUUGAACACACAUUAACAGAUGAGGAAGUGCGGAGGAACAGUGUCAUGUAUGACAUGCUCUAUGUGACUGUGAGUCAUCCCCUGUCCCCGUAUAUCUUUUCUCUUUACGACCGUUUUAGCCAUCUCUCAGGCAAAGAAAGAACGGAAGUACGCGAGGAGAUUGAUCCCGGGGCUAGUGGCGGUAUGAAUGGGUUUCUGUGCCUUUGCAACGGGGAUGCAUGCCCUCCCAUCUUCCCUUCCCCAGUCAAAGGACUGGAAGACAUUAGUAACAACCAAGUCCUGUGAGUUUGCUUGUCUGACAGUAAUUCUAUCCCCAAAUUGA